GAAUUCCGGACUUCCGAUCAAGUGACGGACUAUAUGCUCGAUUGAGCAAGGAGUUCCCCGAACUCUCUUCUCCAACCGACAUUUUUGACCUGAAAUUUUUCCAAAACAAUCCUCGUCCAUUCUACAAAAUAUGUCGUGUAAGAUUUUCCAUUUCAUCUCAGGAUCUGCUCAUGUUGGAUGCCCAACCUGGUCUUACUCACAAAUUUGUACGACAACUGGAAUGUCAGGGCAAGUUAUUGAACUGCUACACUCAGAAUGUUGACGGUCUGGAUAGAUUGGCCGGAAUUGAACAUCUCGUGGAAUGCCAUGGGUCCUUUUCCCAUUCUGUGUGUAUGAUUUGUGGGGACAGAGUGAAGACUGAACUACUCAAGGACCAUAUAGUCGAACAGAAUGUUCCUAGAUGUGUAUCUUGUGGUGAAGGAGUCAUGAAACCUGAAAUUGUGUUUUUUGGGGAACAGCUCGGAUCCCAUUUUUAUUCGAGUCUGGAACAUGACAUUGAAAAGUGUGACCUCGUCCUUGUGAUUGGCUCUUCUCUCAGUGUCCAUCCGGUGUCCUCAAUCCCCCGUUGGUUCGUUAUGUGCGACUCUUUAGACAGAGUUCGGGGGUCAGUUCCACAAAUCCUCAUUAAUCGUGAACCACUUUCUGACUUUACUUUUGAUGUUGAAUUUUUUGGGGACUGUGAUCUUGUUUUGGGGCACAUUUCAUCACAGCUUGGUGAUGAUUUUUUUUCAGAUCUGUGUGGAAGGGACGUAAUGCUACAAAGGUCUGAAUUGGAAUUAGGAGAUCCUGAAUCCGGUAUAUUGACAGGUUUGGUUGUGUUUUAA